AUGUCGAUGCUUGAUUCCUUCUUCAAACAGCGCUUCAACGCUGCGAAAUGUAAGACUUUGCUAAAACUCACAAUACCAAGGAUUAAGUUACUUAGGAAUCGAAGAGAGAUUCAGGUCAAGCAGAUGCGUAAAGAUAUUGCCAAGCUACUUGAAACUGGUCAAGAAGCCACCGCCCGGAUUCGGGUGGAACAUAUCAUAAGAGAAGAGAAGAUGAUGGCUGCACAAGAGAUCGUUGAGCUCUUCUGUGAGCUCAUUGCUGUCCGCCUUCCCAUUAUAGAUGCACAAAGGGAAUGCCCACUGGACUUGAAAGAGGCGAUUUCCAGUGUGUGCUUUGCUGCACCAAGGUGUGCUGACCUGCCAGAGUUGCUACAGGUGCAAAUGCUGUUUGCUGGUAAAUAUGGUAAAGAAUUUGUGUCUGCUGCGACCGAGCUUAUGCCUGAAUGCGGUGUCAAUCGCCAGUUGGUGGAGCUCCUCUCUGUUCGUUCACCUGCUCCUGAUGUGAAGUUAAAGCUACUAAAAGAAAUUGCUGAAGAGCACGAACUCGACUGGGAUCCUGCUGCUACAGAAAGCGAAUUGUUAAAGCCACACGAAGACUUACUGAAUGGGUCGACGCUGUUUGUGACCGGUUCCAAAGUGCCCCUUCCGGAAGAGAAGCAUCAAGAAACAACGCACACCACGUUAGCUGAAGAAAACACUGGUUCUAGUGAGGUGGAUCCCGACUUGUUAGAUUUUCCGGAAGUUCCCAAGCAGCCGCUCAUUGUACAGCACAAUAAAGGUGCUGCCUCGGCACCCGAAAUGCUGCAUUUUCCUCCAUCUGCGCUCUCAGAUCCUGACGAUGAAGACGAGCCGUCUCCCGUUGGGCCCCCAUACAACGGCAUGCCAUCAAACUCGUCAAGUAAAGCUGAAGACGAACAAUUUGUGCCGUUCAUCUCCCCUCCACCGCAAUCUUUGCCGGGAAACAGUCCUGUCCCUAAGACCGAAAAUAACGAGAAAAAAGUGGACUUGGGAGAUGUAAUUGCUGCUGCUCAGGCAGCUGCAGAGACAGCUGAGCGUGCUGCGGCUGCCGCCAGGUCAGCAGCCAGCCUCGCCCAACUCCGGAUCAGUGAGCUUGUCAAGAAAAAAGACGACGGUACACCUGAUCCGAAUGAGGCUGAGAACCAAUCUCAUCAUCCACAUGAACCAGUUUCGGAUGAUUCGGACAAACUACACUCGAUCGAUCCCUCUUCACCACCAGGUGUCGAUGUAGUUGAUUCGGGCGUUGUGCCCCACCAACCUCAGAGGUUACCCUCCAUGGAUGACGAGACAUAUUUCUCGUACCCUAACUUAUUCUCAUCUCAAGGCUCCAAUUUGAGCACUCAUCAACACUCGUUUACAGACGCAAAGUGA